AUGCCGUUGCAGGAAAGUCCGUAUCCAAUCGUCGAUAUUGGAACAAACCUACUGGGAGUGGAGCAGCUGCAGCGUGCACGCGAGCUGAACGUGCAGCCCCUCAUCCUAACAGGCACCGACCUAGCGGGCAGUCGCAAGCGCGCAGAUUUGGUGCGCCGCCACCCAGGCACCCUGUACAGCACCGCCGGUAUCCACCCCCACCAGGCCAAGACUUUUUCGCCUGCUGUCUUGGAGGAACUGCGGCAACUGGCCCAGAUGCCGGGAGUGGUGGCCGUUGGUGAGACGGGCUUGGACUAUAACCGCAACUUUUCCAGCCCGGCCCAACAACGAGCCUCCUUCCGCGCCCACGUACAACUCGCGGCUGAGCUGGACCUCCCAUUAUUCUGCCAUGAGCGCGAGGCGCAUGCUGACUUUGUGGCAGUCCUGGACGAAUUCCCUCGCCUGCCCCCGGUCAUUGUACACUGCUUCACGGGUGAGCGACCCGAGCUACAUGAUUACGUGCAGCGCGGCUAUUACAUUGGCGUCACGGGGUACCUUGGCAUGCAACGCCGCGGAGCGGCCUUGCGUGAGUUUCUGGCGGCCGAGGUUCCUCUUGAACGCUUAAUGAUCGAGACGGACGCUCCCUACAUGGCCCCAGACGCGGCGCGACCACACAUUGGACGCAAUAACGCGCCCUUUACCCUCCCCUUGGUGCUGGACGUUGUGGCCCUGCUCUAUGGGAUGGAUCGAGCAGACACGGCCCGCCGUCUGACCCAGACCACUGUAGAGGUGUUUCGUCUGCAGGCCGUUCACCAGUCCUGA